UAGGUGAAAAAGAGUGCAUCCAAUCCUAUAUAUAUUUUAAAAUGAAUCCCACGUUCACCGCAUCAACUCGGCCCGGUGCGGCAGUGUCUGCGUGGCUGGUAAGUGUAGCCAGAAUCCGGAUAUGAGCGUCAAUAUAUAAGAGCCGUGGCGCGUGGGUGGCUAGUAUUUUUCUUUUACUACUUCCAUUUAUUUAUUAGCAGUUGAAUUUGGUUCCCUUUUCUGCGUACUUUUGUUGUUGGUUGAAGUUGCCCGAUUCCAAUUUUCCGCAACACACAAAAAAUACGAAGUCCCCUUUGUUUAGUUUUCUCUCUUCACUUCGUUAUCAUCGCCCUCAGCUUCCCCCAUCAACCAUGCAGGCUCUCCAAGCCCCAUCUCUUCGAGCUUCCCCUUUAAACCCUCUCCUAAAACCCAAUCCCAAUCCCCAUUUCCCCAAUGUAUCGAGACUCCCACCCAGGCCAACCAAGAAAUUCUCUUCCAUUACCGCUUCAUCCCCCACCGUUUCUGCUCCCAAGCGCGAGAAGGACCCCAAGAAACGGGUGGUUAUUACGGGUAUGGGAUUGGUUUCCGUUUUCGGAAAUGAUGUCGACGCUUACUAUGAUAAAUUGCUGGCUGGAGAGAGCGGAAUCGGACCCAUCGACCGGUUCGAUGCUUCCAAGUUUCCAACCCGGUUCGCCGGUCAGAUUCGGGGGUUCAAUUCUGAAGGGUACAUUGAUGGAAAGAACGAUAGGAGGCUUGACGAUUGCUUGAGGUACUGCAUAGUUGCGGGAAAGAAGGCAUUGGAAGAUGCUGAUCUCGGAGGCGAUAAGUUGUCUAAGAUCGAUAUGGAGCGAGCUGGAGUGCUUGUUGGAACUGGUAUGGGUGGUCUUACAGUGUUCUCUGAUGGCGUUCAAAAUCUGAUUGAGAAAGGUUAUAGAAAAAUAUCACCAUUCUUCAUUCCUUAUGCAAUAACAAACAUGGCAUCUGCCUUGCUUGCAAUUGAGCUUGGCCUCAUGGGUCCCAAUUAUUCAAUUUCAACUGCUUGUGCUACCUCCAAUUAUUGCUUUUAUAAUGCUGCCAACCACAUCCGUCGAGGUGAGGCUGAAUUGAUGAUUGCUGGUGGAACUGAAGCUGCAAUCAUUCCUAUUGGGCUGGGAGGUUUUGUUGCCUGUAGGGCAUUGUCUCAAAGAAAUGAUGAUCCUCAAACUGCUUCAAGGCCAUGGGACAAAGAUCGAGAUGGCUUUGUAAUGGGUGAAGGUGCUGGAGUAUUGAUAAUGGAGAGCUUGGAACAUGCAAUGAAAAGAGGUGCUCCAAUUAUUGCUGAGUACUUAGGUGGAGCUGUUAAUUGUGACGCCUAUCAUAUGACUGAUCCAAGAGCUGAUGGUCUUGGGGUGUCUUCAUGCAUUGAGAGAUGUCUUGAAGAUGCUGGUGUCUCCCCUGAGGAGGUUAACUACAUCAAUGCACACGCAACUUCUACGCUUGCUGGUGACUUGGCUGAGAUAAAUGCUAUUAAAAAGGUAUUCAAGAAUACAUUAGACAUCAAAAUCAAUGCAACAAAGUCUAUGAUAGGGCAUUGCCUGGGUGCAGCGGGUGGUUUAGAAGCCAUUGCCACUGUGAAGGCCAUUACCACAGGAUGGUUGCAUCCUAGCAUAAAUCAAUUUAAUCCAGAGCCGUCAGUUGAUUUUGACACUGUCGCCAAUGAAAAGCAGCAGCACGAGGUUAAUGUUGCAAUUUCGAAUUCUUUUGGAUUUGGUGGACACAACUCUGUGGUGGCAUUUUCUGCUUUCAAGCCAUGAAAGCCUCCUCACUUUUUCUGCAUUUGUUAGGGAACAUAGAUCUUGGUUGUUAGAAAGUCAGCUAUUUAUCGGGUUAUCAAUACUGCUUCAAUCUUGUUCUUGAGCCAAUUUGUAAUUGUUAGCAUUGUAGUAAUAAUUUUGAGUUGAAUUCUAGCUAUACUGCUAUAGCCUAAGAUUAAGAAUUGUGGACUCAAUUUUUCUUUUUAUCUUCUUUGAACUAGACUACUUCAUGAGGCUAAUCAUCAAGGACACGUUUUGUUGCGUCCUAAA